AUGGUAACAAAAGUUAGAACAAUUGUGGUCACUGAUAAAGAUAUUGUUGGUGGCAUCCUAAUCACUACUUUUAUUACAGAAUUGGAUGGAAAACGUGAUCGUUAUGAAAGUGUAGUAAAGUUAUCCCGGGACCUAAUCAUUGAAUGUAAACGGAUAAUUUUUCUUAUGCAUCGUAUUACUGUUAUGGCAACACCAAGCAUGAAAAAAAAAUUAUUGGAUGAAGCAAAUUGUCGUCUGACUGCGGCACGUAAUAAAUUCUUACUGCAGAUAGCAAAAGCACUUGAUGGUUCAGAUCACUAUUUAUAUCUAAAAUCCUAUGACUGGGCACUCGAAGAAUUCAUUGAAGCUUGUGCAUUUUAUAAAUUCCUUGUGUCGCGUGAACUACUUUUAUACGAUGAAGUAGUCAGUAAAUUGCAGUUUAAUGAUUGUGCUGAAACGUCGACACAAAAUCUAUAUCUUACAUUACCUGAAGUAACAUACUUGAUGGGACUUUUCGAUAUUGGUGGCGAAUUGAUGAGAUUUGCUAUCAGUGAGGCUUCGUCAGGUGACUAUCAGAUUGUACAAGAGGUCACCAAUUAUUUGCGAUCAUUACACGAAUGCUAUCAAUAUCUGGGAAAUGUACCUCAAAAUGCAGAUUGGGCAAAGAAGUCUUCGGUUUUUCGAACUUCAUUAGUAAAGGUUUAUUCUUGCUGUCGUAAUUCUUCAAGUGAUUUUGCAUAA